ACAUAAGUUCUAUUGGUUUUGGCGGUGAUUUUGGAGGGUCACAGUAACUGCGUAUAGAAGUGUAGUCCCUAAAAUCGAGACAGAACGACCUGCACAUUUUAAAGAAUUAACUUUGUCAAUAAAAUAUAAUUGACAUGGAGUUAAAAGUUCCCUCUGAUGCGUAUAUAACACAAUAUCAACAACAGCAACAUCUGGAUCACGCUCGAUCAUGGAUUCAACAUUUAAGCAGACAAAGUAUUGACCACGCCCCAUUUUUUGUGAGACAUACCACUUUAGUUUGUACAUUAGGUGAACUUUGGGACUCGGAUGAAAAAAUUGACCAGAUGAUUAAAGGUGGGAUGAACAUCUUGCGUCUGAACUUGAGUAUGGGAUCUAAGGAAAGAUAUACAGAAGUUAUUCGCCGAGUACGAAGUCUUGAGAAGUCUUAUGGACAUAAUCCAUCUGUUGGAAUCGCACUAGACCUAUCUGCACCUCCUGUGCGUACAGGGCUUGUAAACGGAAGUGUUGAUGGCACUAUAGUCCUUCAGAAGGGUCAGAUGACCAAGUUAACUAUCGACAGUCAAUAUGAAGACAAGACGACGAGCUCCAUAAUUUGGAUAAACUCACAAUAUUUCCCAUCUAUUCUGAAUUCCAUCGCAACCGGGGAUCGAAUUUACAUAGAUGAAGGCAUAAUAUCUUUGAUUGUUCGUGGUGUUGAAGUGGAUAGCAUAAGUUGUUUUGUUGAACAAGGAGGUGAGGUUGGAAGUUACAAACGUGUUCACUUCCCAUGUGAAAGGAUGUACGAAGCAACAUUUAAUAACCUUUAUAAAAGUGACUUGGAAUUCGCUGUUCAGUGCCAGGUUGAUUAUGUUUUUACCGGUUAUUCUAUUAACGUCGACCAAAUUAUUCAAGCUAAAAAUAUUUUGGGCAAAGACAUUUUACUCUUUGCAAAGAUAGAAACCAAGGACUCGGUUAAAAACCAUAUAUAACGCUAAUUUCCAAGAAUAAAUACUUCGAUGUAUUUUGAGCACUUGCUCUCCAUCUCAUCAAAUCAAUUAGCCUGAAUGUCUUAGUUUAUUGUGUCAAGAAUUAAUACUGCUCAAUAUCUCGCUGCCCAUGUCAUGCUGUUAUUCAUUAUCAUCUCUAAGUGAGUUUACAUGAUAUAAUGACAUAUUCUGACGGAAUCAUCAUCGGGCGUGGUAGCCUCAGCUUAUGUUAUCCAAACGAAAAAGUUUUUCAGAUACAAAAACAAAUAAUUGCCAAAUGUAAUAUAUUCCAAAAACCCGUGUUUGUUAUAACUCACUUACUUGAGUCAAUGAGGUUUAAACCGCGUGCAACCAGAGCAGAAAUAAGCGAUGUUGCUAAUGCCGUCCUCGAUGGUGCCGAUGGACUUAUACUGACUGUUGAAACUUCCAGAGGAUUGUUUCCCAAAGAAUCACUGACAGUCUUACAUAAGACUUGUCGUGAAGCCGAGUCCACUAUUUUUCAUGAAAGGUUUUGGAUAGACCUUAAGACAGCUCGAGAAGUAAGAGGAUUAUCAACAUGGGAUCCAGCAUACUUUGCAUGUUUAGCUGCUGUUGAAGCUUCCACUACAUCAAAUUCAUCUGCCAUUUUUGUAAUAACUACUUCUGGACGUUCUGCCUUAGCCAUAGCUUCAUUUCACCCUUCUUGUCCAGUUGUUGCAAUUAUGAGACGACCUGAAAUAGCACGGAAAUGUCAUUCCAUUCGUGGUAUACAUCCAUUUGUUUAUACGGGCGAGAAAUUAUGUGAAUGGUCCCAUGAUAUGGAUGCUCGAUUGAAUGCGGCAUUGGAUUUUGCCAAAAUGCGAGGUUUCGUUGGUGCUGGUGAUCAAAUUAUAGUGGUUACUGGACAAAAGGCAGGAAGUGGUUCUACCAAUACUGUGCGUAUUUGUGAAGUUCCACCUAAAAAUGUUCCUCUAUCUUUUGUUAAAUCACAAUCCUCUUUCAUCUCUGAAAACUGAUUGUUUGAAUUAUAUUCAUUCUACUUGCUGAAAUAAAAAUGUAUCAGUACUUUUAUGCUUACCAUUCCCUAUUUCUGCUAUCACACUAACAUAUUCUGACAAUUUUGAUAAGUUGAAUUCCCAUGUUUUAGUACUUAAUUCUGUCUUUGUUUUUAGAUUUGUACUUAUAUCAAUUUUAAAAUAGUAAACUUGUUAGUAUAUAUUAUGGAUUAUUCUCUAAAAAAUAUUUUGAAAAAUAUCUUAUUUACUUUUGAA